AUAUGGUUGGAGUGAGGCGUCUUCGUAACAAGACAUUAACCACUAUCUUUGUAGCAAGCUGUAAACAGGAACGCAAGUAACCGAGGAACGCCGUUUUAAGCAGGCUGUUUUAGCCGUUUAUCAAGAGUAACACCGCUCACUGUUCAAGAAAAAUGGAAGACGACACACUAACGACGCUGAAAAUACUGAUAAUAGGGGAAAGUGGUGUUGGGAAGUCAAGCCUUCUUUUGAGAUUCACAGAUGACACGUUUGACCCAGAGCAAACGGCAACAAUAGGUGUUGACUUCAAAGUGAAGACCAUUUCUGUGGACGGAAACAAGGCAAAGCUGGCGAUAUGGGACACGGCGGGACAGGAGCGCUUCCGGACCCUGACGCCCAGUUACUACCGCGGAGCCCAGGGAGUCAUCCUGGUGUAUGAUGUCACACGACGGGAAACCUUCACCAAGCUGGACAACUGGCUCAAUGAGCUGGAGACGUACUGCACGAGGAACGACCUCGUGAAGAUGCUUGUUGGAAAUAAGAUCGAUAAGGAAAACCACGAUCUAGACAGGGCCGAGGGGCUGAAGUUUGCAAGAAAACAUUCCAUGCUUUUUAUAGAGGCGAGUGCUAAGACCCGUGACGGUGUCCAGUGUGCGUUCGAGGAACUGGUGGAGAAGAUCAUCCAGACCCCGGGGUUAUGGCAGAGCGAGACCCACGGCCGAGGGGUCCAGCUCUCCGACGAUGACGCGGGGGGGGGAAGCUGUGGCGGCUUCUGCUCCCUGGUCUAGACAACGCAUGCAGAUACACACACACACACACAUGCAGAUACACACACAGCCAAACCCCCCCCCCCCACUGUGUGCUGUCCUGAGCUGAGCUCCCUCCUCAGACAUGAAGGCAGUGGAGGUCUCCCGUCCACACACACACACACACACACACACACACACACACACACACACACACACACACACACACACACACACACACACACUACCUGUGUCCUCACAGACUUUUGCACACUUUCUAAUAACAACGCUGCGCUAAAAAUGCAAAUUCAGCUCGGCCUUCCUCUCAAUGGGAUUUGAGUGAGUUUCUCUCCUCUGUUUUGUUUUGAGUUCGUUUUUUUUUGCAGUUUUUGGUACUUGGUCAAAAUGUUAACCAUUCUCAUUUCAUACAGAGGAUUUAAACAGUGGUGGAAUGUACUGAAUCAAGUUCUGUACUUUAUUUUCUGCCACUAUAUUCUUCUACUCAACUUCAUCUAGGAGAAAGAACAAAAUCAUUGAUUUACUUUUUACAUUAACAUGACGUGUUUAUAUGAUUUAUAUAAACUACUAACCCACUUGAUAGAACUCAAAAUAUUCUAAAUGUCCUCCAAUUUUAAAAUCAAAAAAAAAAAACUCUUAAAUGUAUUUAUAAGUUAUUAAAACAGAAUAAUAUAAUACUCUGUAAUAAGAAAAGAGAGCCAAUCUGCAAAAUCAGCGCUUUAGUUACUCUAAGUACAUUUUGCUGGCAAUAUUUCUCUACUUUUACUAAAGUAACAUUUUGAACUCACAACUUACUUACAUCCAAUGGAGUAUUUUUAAACGGUGGUAUUACUAAUCUGACUAAAGUAUAGGAUCUGAGUACUUUUUCCACCACUGGAUUUAAAUGAAGCAGGGCAGUGAAAUGAGUCAAAGUAGAAACCAAAGUGAGUCAGGCUCAUGGCUCGAUGCAGUCUGAUAAUGAGAAUGGAAACACAGAUUUGACUCUGUCUUGUCUACAGCAUGCUUAUUGUCCUCGGAGCACCUCGCCUUAGUAAGCACAUCUGUGUCAAAGCAGGGCCGACUUCCCCCCCCCUUGUCCUGUGCUUGAUCCUGCCCCCAGACUCUAUGAACAUUACGCAGUUGCUUAUGGAGAAGCUUAUCACGCCAAGCCGUCUUGUAUUCCCUCUCAGCACUAGAGGCUAAAGGCUUGGUAUCAUGUGUUGUUCACACAACUGCCUCAUUUCUUCAGAACCUAAUAGAGUUACCAACUGUCUGGAAUGACGUUUUACAACUUUUUAUUGACUUGGGACUUCAAACUUUUGAUGUGUUUUUUUGAAGAGUGCAUAAAUCAAAGAGAUUGGCACCAGCGAGCUUUCCACUGGGUGCCGAAGAAGACUGAACCUCUUAAAAUUGCACGCCUUUGUUGUAACGAGUUGCUUUAAUGGAGUGCGACCUACUGGCACCUCCUCACUCAGACAGAUAAUAUCAGUAAUGACACUACUAUGGUUUUUCAUAUGGAUCCCUCCGACUGGACAGACACAAAGGAAAAGUGUUCAAUAUUAAACGGGGCAGUGAGUCAUAAGGGUGUUUCCACUGAAUUUGGAAAAUCAAAGAAAACGCUGUGUGCUCCCAGUGCUAAUGGAUUUUACAGUACUCCUAUCUCUGUGUUUGCAUCUGAGAAGCAGUUAUAAAUGUACGUACCCCCGACCUCUCACCAUGUUUGUAGUAUUCGAGUGCUGGUCUUUCUGGGAAACGUCGUUCUGAAAGUGACACAGGGAUCGUGAAAAAGACAUGGAUACAAAGCAUGUCUUAUCACAAUUUUUUUUAAAUAUCGUUUAAUUGCAUGGGAAACUCUGCGUGCCAUUUGUUUGUUUGUCCAGUGAAUGGCCUUCAGAGGCUUUUUACUAUAAAUACUUUAAAUUAUAUUUAGCUGCAAGUAAAACAUUGCAUACCAUUGGAAAUGAAUGGUAUAACUAAACAAAAAGGAAGUGGCUUUUACUUAUUUAACUGGUAUAGCUGUCUUAUAUCUUCAGAAAUAUGUUGAAACAUGUAUACCUUGUAAAUUGUGUGUAUUUAAGGAAUUUGGUGGGAAAAUUCCUGUAUGAAUUGUAAAUCUGAAUGUAUACAUAUUUCACUACAAACCGCUCUAUGUAUUAAACUAAAUAAAGGACUUUUUUAAGUGAAA